CCGAAAGCCAGGACACGUACGUUUUUAACCUGACGUCACUCACCGAGUCAGAAAACGUCUUGUCAGCUUCGGUGUAUUAUUAUAUUGGUGAUCUGCUGGAUGCUAAGUGGAACUGUUCCCAGUCCAGAGGCUGUUCUCGUCACGGGCACAGGAAACCUGAAAUUCAGAUACAUCUUUCAGUUUGGACCUUUCCGUCUGUCGGGAACCAGACUCGGAGCCUGGGACAUUUCCCGAUAAAUGUCUCCACUGCUUACCAGGACGUCCGUUCCUGGCAGUGGAAGGAUAUCACUCAGCUCCUGCAUGAAGCGAAACAAAACAAAGAACUCCUGAUGCGUGUCAAAAUGGAUCUGACCAGCCAUCACCCCUGGAAGAGGGCACCUUCUCGCUAUGAACCCUACAUUCUGAUUUACGCCAACGAUUCUGCAAUUUUGGAGCCGGAGAGCGUUGUCUCUAGUUUGCAAGGGCACCGUCAUCCUCUGGCAAGGGCCUUUCCCAGGCCAGAAAACCACGCGAGGAGCAGCCUCGGGAAGCGGCGGCGAAAGCGCUCCGCAAACGUCCUGUUGCCGUUGCAGAAUAACGAGCUUCCAGGAGCCGAGUACCAGUACAACGAGGAUGAGAGGUGGGAAGACAGAAACCCCUACAAAACCUUCCAGCCACGGUUAGCGGAGAGGGCAAAGAGUAAGAAAAAGCAGAGGAAGAAUCAUCACCAGAAGAGCCAGACUCUCCAGUUCGAUGAGCAAACGCUGAAGAAGGCGAGGAGGAAGCAGUGGAAUGAGCCAAGGUAUUGCGCCCGGCGCUAUCUCAAGGUGGAUUUUGCAGACAUUGGCUGGAGCGAGUGGAUUAUUUCCCCUAAAUCCUUCGACGCCUAUUACUGCUCAGGGGAAUGCCAGUUCCCAAUUCCAAAGGCCUUGAAGCCAUCCAACCAUGCCACCAUCCAGAGCAUAGUGAGAGCCGUCGGGGUCGUCCCAGAUGAGCCUUGCUGCGUUCCUGACAAAAUGUCUUCUCUUAGCAUCUUGUUUUUCGACGAAAAUAAAAAUGUGGUUCUUAAGGUGUACCCCAACAUGACAGUGGAAUCCUGUGCGUGCAGAUAACAUCUCGGGAGACCCUUUUGAAAUGCUGAGGUGAUCGCUUGCUGUUGGGGGGGUGGGGGUGGUGUGUGUUUCAUGAUACCUACUUUUUGUUUGCACUGCCAAUGCAUUUCCUU